AUGAAAUCAUGUAUUGAAUUCAGAUUUUAGUUGUCUCAUCUCUAAUAUGCUAACUGUAAAAGACUAUCUUAGGAUGGAUAAUGCGCAGAGGCAUUAGAUGGUAUUCAAUUACUACCAAAUAACUAAUAUAUUAUCGUUAAAGAUUAAAAAUUUUUUGAAAGAUGUGCAAUAGUAAAUGAAAGUGAAACAGAGUGUUUAUUUCCAAGAUUUGGGUUUAUCUUAGAUAUUAAUACAAAAAAUAUAUAUAAAGAUACACUCUAUACAUUUUGUGCUUUAUUCAAUUCAAAGUUAAAUAAAUGUUAGCAGUUUUAGUAGAGGUUUAGUUCUUACUUUUUGACCUAACAAGGAGUUUAUUUAGGAGAAAACUUUAUCAAUACAGACAAAGUUAUUGACUAUUCUGAUUAAAAAAUAUGCUAAGUUAACUAUUUUUAUCAAGAGAAAUAUGGUGACCAAUCAGAAGGAUGCUUUUUAUUUUCAUAAUAUAGUUUGAAUGGCUAUUAAAAGUGCUAAAAAGAUUAUGCAUUAAAAGAUGAUAAAUCAAUGUGUUAAAUUGUUAUACCCUUUUGUCAAGAGUAUAUUGAAAUACAAGGAAAAGAACUAUGUACAAAGUGUAUUCCUUUUUAUAAGCUUCAUCUUUAAAAUUGCAUAAAAAUGUCAGGUUGUAUUAUUCUAAAUAAAAAAGAUCCUAAUAAAUGCUUAAAAAAAUCAUUACAAUGA